AACAAUGUACAAGCUAGUCAAACACAGUAUCCGGCUACCAGCGGCGAUUAGUCGUGCCAGCAUACACCGGGACCCCUCGACCGAUAUAAAACCAAUCGGUCCGAAGCCGGACCUGGAUCCGGAGAUAGAAAAACAAAUCGAGGAUGAUAAGCAGCGUCUCCGGUGGCGCACUCCAUACUCCGAACGACCGGACAGCUUCUACAGUGCGUUCAAACUGUUCGCUUCCGAGAAUCGUAAUUCCGAGCUGGUGGAAAAGAUGCAGCAACCUAUCGAUCUCUCCCCGUCAUCGAUUUUGGAAUGGUGGAGAAAGCGACGCACUACCGUAGAAGCACACCUGCAAAAGUUUAUCCCUGAACGGCAUGCUACGCUGGGGGAUGAUAUUGCGACAGCACACUUUAUUGUGCAUCGGGGCGGUUCUGUGAGAUUUCGUGGUAGCACGGAAUGGAUACAGAAGGACGAAGAUGAUGAGUAUGAUCUGCCGCGCCAUCACGUGCCCGGCAUGGUGCUGGAAGAGGUGCGCUGCGAUGGAAUGACACUGUUUUACGAAGGAAUGGAAAACAUACAAAAGUUGCUACGUUUGAAACAUUUGUCGUUCGAAAAUGUGACACUAUUCAACGACUGGUACCUCGACCGGAUCUCCGGCAAUACGUUACCCUCGCUGGAGAAGCUUAAUCUGCGCGGUACGGCUGUAACAUAUCGGGGAUUAAAUUGUUUAUAUCGUUUACCAAGCUUGAAGCUGCUGCUGGUAGACGACCCUGAAAGGGAUAUCCUGUGGAAGCUGACCGUGGCCAUGCUCGAGGAAUGGAAUCCAAACCUAAAGGUAGCAUCGAGUGAAUAG